AUCCACAGUCCUGCUUUUUGUCAAGCUACAUCACCGCUUUGUUUUUCUGUCUGCUAUUAAUUAACUGCAUACAUCUGCAGCAGAAACCUGCAUAAAAGCUUUUUUUGUUGGCCAGUUUUCAUCUUUCCUUCUCAGCAGGAAGUCUGGAUCCGGAAAGCAUUUAGUAGGUGUGAGUCACACAGCAGUCAGUCUGAAGUGAUGAAUUACGGUGCUGCCUGCAGAGCUGGACCUGGGCCCUAUAACCUGAGAGAACAGUGAGGAAGGGAGGAGGAAGAGAGAGAGAAAAAGAAGGCGCCAGGGGAAGAGAGAAAGGGGGAGCAAGAGAGAGAGAAACCACGCUUACUUAGUUGCCGACAGACACCUGAGAGCUUGCAGAUGCCGACAGAUGUGCCCGAAGAUAGACUCAGUAUCGAGGAGAAUGCCUCCAAGUGUGACAGCAUGACUCUACCCAGCACCCCCACUGUCCGCAGAGGAAGUACUCCUCUGCCAAUAAAGCACCAACUUCGACGGGAAGAAGCUGUUCAUGAUGAAGGUGACUGGACAUCCGGAGCAGCUGGACCUUCUCAUUCACCGCUCAGCUUCAGCCCAGCCCUGGAUGACACUCCCAUUGUCUCUGUAGAGGGCAGGCAUGACGGGCCAUUGCGGAUCGCCCUGUUGGGUCAGAAUGGAGUUGGGAAGUCAUCACUCCUUGUUGCCAUCACUGGCGACAUGGACCGUACUGCGUCAGUGGAUUCUGAUGGGGAGGGUUAUGUGCGCACAGUCACUGUGGAUGAUGAGGAGAGCACCAUCAUUAUCUAUGACAACUGGAGACAGGACUUAUCCGCUCUUCAGUGUGAGGUGUGCGUUCUAGUGUUCUCUGUGACUGAUAGGCGCAGUUUCCACCGUACUGCUCAACUCCGACUCCUCCUGAGAGAGACUCAACCUCAGACUCCCAUAAUCCUUGUUGGUAACAAGAGCGACCUUGUUCGCUCUCGUGAGGUUACAGCUCAAGAGGCCAUGUCCAGUGCUGCCCUCUAUAACUGUCUGUAUCUGGAGAUCUCAGCCUCUCUGGAUCACCGCACGCUUGAGCUCUUGGAGUCUGCCGUACGACUAGCCAGAGGUCAGCCGCCUUGGCCCCCAGGGUGCAGUGCAGAGGACAUGUGUGGAGGAGGUCAACGAGAAAGCAUCACCUCUCGUGCUAAACGCUUCCUCACCAGCCUGAUGCCUCGGUACCCACGAGAAAGAGAAGUGGGCAAGUUCCUGAGACAGAAGUCCCGCUCAUGCCACGAUCUGGGGGCACUGUGAUCGCCCACAUCGAGACGUUUAAUAGUUUGAAUGUUUAGCAAAAAUAACUUGAAGUGAUGUAGUGAACUAAAAGAAAAAUUAGAGAAGGGAGAGAAACAGCUCUUAGUGGACAGA